AUGGCCCCUGCGCUGCUCCUGGUCCCUGCUGCCCUCGCUUCUUUCAUUCUGGCCUUUGGCACUGGAGUGGAGUUCGUGCGCUUUACCUCCCUUCGGCCACUUCUUGGAGGGGUCUCGGAGUCUGGCCCCGAUGCCCGGCAGGGAUGGUUGGCUGCCCUGCAGGACCGCAGUAUCCUUGUCUCCCUGGCUUGGGAUCUGGGGCUCCUGCUACUAUUUGUGGGGCAGCACAGCCUCAUGGCAACUGAGACAGUGAAGGCGUGGUCAUCUCGGUACUUUGGGGUCCUGCAGAGGUCACUGUAUGUGGCAUGCACUGCCCUGGCCUUGCAGCCCCUUAUCCUUCUCCAGCUGGUGAUGAAGUACUGGGAACCCAUACCCAGAGGUCCUGUGCUGUGGGAGGCUCGAGCUGAGCCAUGGGCCACCUGGGUGCCCCUUCUCUGCUUUGUGCUCCACGUCAUUUCCUGGCUCCUCAUCUUCAGCAUCCUUCUCGUCUUUGACUACGCUGAGCUCAUGGGCCUCAAACAGGUGUACUACCAUGUUCUGGGGCUGGGGGAGCCACUGGCCCUGAAGUCCCCCCGGGCUUUGAGGCUCUUCUCCCAUCUGCGCCACCCAGUGUGUGUGGAGCUGCUGACCGUGCUGUGGGUGGUGCCCACCCUGGGCACCGACCGCCUCCUCCUUGCUCUCCUCCUCACCCUCUACCUGGGCCUGGCUCAUGGGCUGGACCAGCAUGACCUCCGCUACCUCCGAGCCCAGCUACAAAGAAAACUCCACCUGCUUUCACGGCCUCAGGAUGGGGAGGCUGAAUGAAGAGCUAACUUCUGGUUCCAAGCCCUAUACUUCCUCUUCCCCUCAAAUUCUGAAUCUCUCAACAUCCAACUGCUGGCUGCUUCAGGCCAGAGGCCCCAAUCUUUAGACUCCAGGGGCUUGCCCUUCCCCUACUUGAGACUCCACUCCCUGGGGUCAGCCUCAUACCCUAAAUUCAGUUUCAGUCAUUGGACUUGAAGGUCCACUUCUGACCAUCUAGGGCCCUCUCAUCUCCCUAAAGAGGGGGUGUGGAACUCUUCUGUCCCCUCACCAUUUAGGGCUUGAGCUUGAGCCCCCUUCCAGCCUCUCCACAAGGGAAAGGAUCUGCCUUGACCACUCCCCUGGCACUGUUACUCAGGGAUCCCCCUUCUCCACAGCUGGAUUCAGUCCCAAGGAGCUGGACCAGAGUCUGCAAGUUUGAUUGUAGUGGCCCCCCCUCCAGGGACCACGCCUCACGUCUUCAUCUCCAGCCCCAGCCCUGGUCUUUCCACCUCUCUAGGCCCCUCUCUGGGUGCCUUCCCCUGGACCUCGUUAAGGGGACUCUCCAGCUCUUAUCUUGGGUAGCUUAGGGUUCCCUGCUCCCCCGAGGUACACGCACUGCAGGAAAAUAAAAUUUAGCCUGACUUUUCUACAUCGGGGCAUGCAGUCUUCAGUAUCUCUCAGGCUGCAGGACAUGCUUUGGGAGGGAAGGAGAGCUGGCGCCUGGCAGCGCCAAACGCGGAUCUGGGCGAUCACUCCCCGUGGACCUGCCCCCAGCCUCCUGCAGCUGACGAGUUCCCUUUCUUCCACAUCCACAAUUCUCCCGUUGCAGACCAGGCGACCCAUAGGAGACGGGUUGAAAUUAAAGAGUGGGGCUGCAACUCUGGUAGGGGAGCGAGCUCCCAAAGCUGUUGGCUCUGAGUGCCUCUCCCAACCUCCCCAUCCCCCCGCCCCAGAGCUCAUUCACAAGGGCCGGGACCCCAGGCGGUAGCAGCCCUGGACGGCGCAGAAACAAAGGCUGUCCGGGGUAGGCAAACGCGUGGGGAGGAGCGGCAGGAGAUGGGAAGGGCGGGCCCGGCUCUCAGCAGCUGCCGCUUCCUCCGCAAGUCCCUUGAGGGGCCUGAGUCACUGGCCACCGCCCUGGGUCGGCGAGCUAGGGGUGGGGGUCUGGUCACCUAGGCUCUCUAGGGCCACUGGACGGAGGGAUGAGGGCCUCUGAGGACAGUGCACCGACAGUCAGGGGUUCGGACGCGAAGAGUGGAGUCACUGAGCGGAUUCCCACCGCUGGGUCUUGGGUAGCGAGGUUCCGCCCCUUCCUCGGGCUCCGCCUCGCGCCCCCUUCCCUCUCCC